CGCGCGACGCGACGUUUGUUGCUGCUUUACCUCCAGCCCAACCUAUACAUAUAUACCAAAAAAUAUAUAGCGGGAGCCUGCUCGUAUUUAGCAAAAGCCAAAGCAAAGCAAUAAGCUCCGAGAGCUGCCAGCCAAGAGCGUAUAUGAAUUUUCGCUUUCUUCCUCUCUCUCUUUCUCUCUUUCUCUCUCUCCUCUUCCUCUGUACUUCCUCUUCCUCUAGCCUUUCGGCCUCCAGUUCUGGUUCUGGUCCUGCUCCUUGGCUCAGUGCAUCGAAUUAUUUCUAAAUUAAGGUCAAACGAGUAGUGAUUGUGCAAAAAGCAACGUGAGUAGUGCAUCGGCCUCUCCUCAUCGUCGUCCAGCAAGACAGUGAGUGCGCGAGACCAAAAGUUGCGAAUUGUUGAGCAAAAUAAUUGUGCAGCCGCGAGUGCUUAACAGCAGCAGCAGCGGCGGUGGCGGUAGUGCGCCGUCCUCCGGCCCACCAACAAGCAGCUCGAGUUCCGUGGAGGUCGCAACAGUAGCAGCGACAGCGACCAAUAAAUUAAUUGAUUAUUGUUGCUUAUCUGCCAAGUGUCAGUGCAGUGCCAAAUGAUACUCAAAAUCAUUAAGCAGUCGAGACAGUUUGGUUGAUAAGCAGUCCAGCGGCGGCGCGACGGUGCGUGCCUCCUCAACGACGGCGUUCACGACGGCGUCGUUUUAACGGUUAAUGUGGCCGAACAGCCUCGGGGGCGGCGGCUGCGGGGGCGGCGCCACAGCGGCGCAAGAACUCGGCGGUCUGGCUGCGGCCGCCGCGGCCGCUUCAGGCACCUCGGCCUCGGACCUCUUCGGGCACUCGGGCUUCGGCGCGGCAGCCGCGGCAGCAGCGGCGGCGGCGGGCGGCGGGCCCUACGGCAGCCUCAAGUCCGGCCACUAUGCCCUGGGCAUGCCGCCGAUCGAGGCACUGCACUCGAGCAUCGCCUAUCCCGGCUGCUCACCCGCCGGUGAGUCCUACUACUGCAAUCCACGGAAGCAGAGGAGGGAGCGGACGACGUUCACCCGAGCCCAACUGGACGUGCUCGAGGGCCUCUUCUCCAAGACGAGGUAUCCGGACAUUUUUAUGCGCGAAGAGGUGGCCUUGAAAAUCAACCUACCCGAGUCUCGUGUGCAGGUGUGGUUCAAAAAUCGCCGAGCGAAAUGCCGACAGCAGCAAAAGCAACAGCAACAGCAGCAACAGCAGCAGCAGGACAAGUCGUCGAGGUCGAAGAAACUCUCGGUGCCGGCGGUGAGCGGCAAUCCACCUCCCGGCAAGAGUCCCUCUAUAGCGACGACGCCGACCGCAGCAGCGGCGGUGCCCGCCACGACACCCAUGUCGGGCGGCACAGCGGGCUCGGCAGCGAGCUCGCCGGCCCUGAUGCGCGACUCGCCGCAUCAAUACAAGCCGAAUCACGGCGGCAGCAUCAAUAGCGGCGGCGGAGGAGGAUCCGCGGGCAACGCGUCGAACGCGGGCCUGGGCAGCGGCGUAGGUGGCAACUCGUCCUCGGCAGCGGCUACGGGACUAUUAUUGACAGCCAGCACGACGCCACCCAGUCUGGGUGGAACCGUGUACAGCAGCGGCGGAAGCAGCAACAGCAUCUGGAGCCCGGCCGUGACGGAAAGCGGCGGCGGGGCCUGCUUCCCGUCCAGCGAUCACCAGAGGCUCUCGGCCUGGGCGACGGCCGGCGCCGCGGCGGGCCAGCAGCAGUGCUACCAGAACUACUCCUCCUAUUACAGCAAUAUGGAUUAUUUGUCGCCGACCAGUCAUCAGCUCAGCGUCGUUGAGAGCGGCGCCACGAACGGGCUCGACAACACUUGGCCAAGGACACGCGACGAGAACGCGUCCUCGUGGUUCUACAACAGCGCCGGCUGGGGCGAUCGCAAGUAGAGGAGAGCAUCCGGAUAAUCGUCUAUUGGAACCAUCUUCAUUGCUGCCGAUGCUGACGCUACAACAACUAGCCAAUUUCGCCUCGAGUCAUCUUUUAUUAUUAUUGUUAUUAUUAUCGACGAUCUAUUCUUUAUUCGUUUUAACGCAACUAUACUUUUCUCUUCGUAUUUUUUCAUUAUUAUUAUUAUUAUAUCAUGUCCAUGCAGCAGACAUCGUCGCUGCUAUGCGCCAAUAUAAUUUUUGCAAUAUUAUGAUACACGGCUCGAUCAGUAUGAGGAUUCGACUAGUCAUACCCGUACCGAUUGCGCGGCGAUUGAUCGUUAGUUUUUUUUUUUAGCACGUACCAUCACAACACACUUUUACAUUACAAAAAAGAUGAGCAAAGACGAAAAAAAAAGAUAAAAAAAAGAUGAAAAGUCGCACUCGCAGUUCUUGUCAUUUUUCCCCGAUUUAUGUAUAAAACCGACGACGACGUUUUGACGUUUAAAUAACAUUAAAACGGCGAUCUCCGUCAGAUGAAGUUGAAUUAAAAUGUCAAAUGCGAAAUGUGUGCGCGAAAAAUUGCCAGUAUCCUUGUACGUGCAUGCGUGUGUAUGUGUAUAUAUAUACGAAAUAUAUUUAUACUAUUUUCGAGGCGAUCGAUGCGUCGACUCAUCUCUCGCUGUAACGAAUAUAUGCGGCAGCGAUCACGCGCAUCUCUCGAAUGUGAUUUUUCGAGCGUGUCACGCGAAACGUCAUUUUGUAAAUAUCGAUGACCCUAACGGUACGUUAAAUCUAUUGGAUACGUGAAGAUAUAUAAAUAUAAUAUAUAUAAAUAAUAUAAAUAAAGUAUAAAUAUGAAUGUAAAUGAAACAAAAGUAUAAAUACAGAUUUUGUGUUUAAAAA